UAAUCAGGGGAUUAGAGAGCGCUGCCUGCCCGCUGCCUGCCUGGUCCCUGAAGCCAUUAGGAGGAAGAGGAAGAGGAGGAAGGAAGGAAGGAAGGAAGGGGCCCGGGGGCGCGCAUCCUCCUCCUCGGGGGCGCGCACGGGGAUCCUCAGGAGAAGAAGGAGGAAGAGAAGAGAGGGAUCCGGAGCCAGAGCCGGGAGGAGGGCGCCUGGAGGAAGCGCCGGAGAGGAGGGGGAGCAGCGGGGGCGGGAGGCACCUGCCUCCCUCCUUCCCUCCCUCUCAUUCUUUCCUUCCUUCCUUCCUUCCAUCCCUCCCUCCCUCCAUCCAUCCAUCCAUCCUUAUCCUUCCCAGCUGGCACCGCAUCCCGGGCUCCCGCCCCGUCCGUCUAUGUCUUUUUCUGACUCAAGCGCAACCUUCCUGCUAAACGAGGGCUCAGCUGAUUCCUACACCAGCCGCCCAUCGCUGGACUCCGACGUGUCGCUAGAGGAGGAACGCGAGGGUGUGAAGCGUGAAGUGGAGAAUCAGGCUCAGCAGCAGCUUGAGAAAGCCAAGCACAAGCCAGUCGCAUUUGCUGUUCGUACCAAUGUCAGCUACUGUGGUGCGUUGGAUGAGGAAUGUCCCGUGCAGGGAUCUGCCAUCAACUUUGAAGCCAAAGACUUCUUGCACAUCAAAGAGAAGUACAGCAAUGACUGGUGGAUCGGGAGGCUAGUGAAGGAGGGGGGAGACAUCGCCUUCAUCCCCAGCCCACAGCGGCUGGAGGCCAUACGGCUGAAGCAGGAGCAGAAAGCCAGGCAGUCUGGCAAUCCUGCCAUCAGCAACCGGCGGUCGCCUCCCCCAUCACUAGCAAAACAGAAGCAAAAGCAGACCGAGCACAUCCCCCCAUAUGAUGUUGUGCCCUCCAUGAGGCCAGUUGUGCUGGUGGGACCCUCCCUAAAAGGUUAUGAGGUGACAGAUAUGAUGCAGAAAGCUCUCUUUGAUUUCCUGAAGCACAGAUUUGAUGGCCGAAUCUCCAUCACACGUGUCACUGCUGACCUGUCAUUGGCCAAGCGCUCCGUGCUCAACAAUCCAGGCAAGCGUGCCAUCAUCGAGCGAUCCACAACCCGGUCCAGCAUUGCUGAGGUUCAGAGUGAGAUUGAGCGGAUAUUUGAACUUGCGAAGUCACUGCAGCUGGUGGUGCUGGAUGCUGACACUAUCAACCACCCAGCACAGCUGGCCAAAACCUCGCUGGCACCCAUCAUUGUUUACGUCAAGGUCUCCUCUCCAAAGGUGCUGCAGCGACUUAUUAAGUCCAGAGGGAAAUCGCAAGUAAAGCAUCUCAAUGUGCAGAUGAUGGCAGCUGACAAGCUUGUGCAGUGUCCUCCUGAACUCUUUGAUGUGAUUCUGGAUGAGAACCAACUGGAGGAUGCUUGUGAACACCUGGCUGAGUACCUGGAGGUGUACUGGCGAGCAACCCACCACCCCUCACACACUCUUGGUGGCCAGAACCUCAUAACACCAUCUACUGCCAUUCCAGGAUUGCAGAACCAGGCCCCACUGGGCGAACAGGGCAACGAGCGCUCCCCGGUGGAGCACGAUAGCUUGAUGCAGUCGGAUGAAACAAGUGAUGCCUCCCGCAAGGCUUGGACAGCAUCGUCUCAGCGCAGUUCCCGGCACCUGGAAGAUGAGUAUUCGGAUGCCUACACUGACCUGUACCAGCCUCAUCGCAACCACAACAGCGGCCUCCACAGCACCAACGGCCAUGACUCCCAGGAUCGCCUCCUGGAGCGUGAGUCCGAGCACAACCACAAUGAGAGGAACUGGCAGCGCAACCGGCCCUGGGCCAAGGACAGCUACUGAGAUUCCACUCUGGCUGGGCACUUCCUGCCCUUGGGCCAGGCAGCUGGGGAUGUGGAACAAGAAUGCUACUGCUGCUGCCACCACCACCAUCACCCCCCAGACUGAGUCAAUUGCCUGCUCCCAUGCCUUUCUCUUUUUCCCUACCCAGAUGAGCCCACAAUAUACAGGUGCUAUCUAUGGAAUCCCCCUGAACACAGCCACAGCUGCCUGAUUCCUAUAUGCAGAUUGGGUGAAUUCUCUCACUCACCUUUGUUAGGGGGUAACGGUGAGGACCCAGAUAAUGUCCUUGCAGGGUAAAUUCCAUUGGUAGCUUUGCAUCCCAAUUUCAUUUUCUGGGCCGGGGGGGGGGGGGGAAGGGAGGCCAAGAAGAAGUGGGGCUCAUGGUAUCUUUUAGACAGACAGUAUGGCUGAGAAAGAGGAACUAGCAAGCCAUGGUUCUCUUUUUCUUCUAACUCUGUAGAGCAAAGGGCUGUAUUAUUAUAGCAAAGGAGAAUGGGUAGGUAAGAACACGCAGUUCUGUUUUGUUUUCCCUGUGCAACAUUCCUCAACCCGGCACCCUCUGGAUGUGUUGGACUACAAAGCCCAUCAUUUCCCAGCCAGUAUGGUUAUGAUAGUUGGAUUUUAUGAGGAUAUUUAUGGUCUAGCAUGAGAGCCAGUGUAGUGCAGGGAUUUGAGUACUAGACUAUGACUCUGGAGACCAGGGUUUGAAUUCCUGCUCAGCCAUGGAAACACACUGGAAGGCACUGGCAAACCUCCUCUGCCUAUGUCACCUAGGGUCACCAUAAGUCGAAAAUGGCUUGAAGGCACGCCAGAACAAAUGGUCAGGCACAUCUGAAUGGCACCAGGCUGUGGAAGGCUUAUCUAGUCAGUUAAGUACAAUGUUACAAGAAAAAGAGAGAAGAUUGGUUUUUGCUUUACCUUAGGACUUGAUGUUAGUCCAUGCUUUGCAGUAAGGCCAGUGAGUUCCAUGGUUGAUGGAAGCACAAGAAUGUCAGCUUGUGAGAACUACUGGGAUAUGCAAGUCAAACAGCUGAGUUGAGUUGAAGUCUUGAGCGCAGCUCAGUAGUGUAUUGGUGACCAUUUUAAACUUUGAUACUUCACAGGCCAUAAGCAGCAGAUGAGCUUUAACUGUCCUUGCUCUAUACUAUUUCAGGCAGUGUGGAUUGGGAAGUACCACAAAACAGUGCUUCCAGACCAACUCCUGUUCACAGAAAAAAUAUCAUGCUUCUGCCUUUAGCCUUCAGUAUGCUCUUGGUCUCUGUAGAAGAGGAAGAAGGAACCAGGGAAAAUUCUGUGAUUCUCUUACCUGUUAUCUUAAUUGAUAAUAGUCCAGAAAGAUGUCUUCCACCUUUUCUUAUUGUGUUAAUGGAGACAUAAGAUAUGAUCAAAGCAGCUGGUAAAAAAUUAUGUGCAACUUACCCUUUGCCUGUAAAGUCAAAGUAUUAUCCUAUAUAGUGACUAGGGUGAAACAGAUCAUGCCACAGAGGCUUUGCUUCCUCGGGAUAUCUUUCUGGUAUGGAUGUGUCUGUUUUAACGUAAUUGUUCACAGAUACAGCAGUGGCCAAGGAGAGAGAGCUAUGCCACCUUAGCUUUACCACUGAAUGCAAACGUAAAAUGCUGAUAUGUUGUAAAGACACACUCUUAAGUAACAAAAGAGCCAACUCCAUCCUAAUUUGGCUUCCAUUAAUUGGGAGCUCCUCAUUUGAUAUUUUGGAAGCCAGGAGGCUAAAUAUGACCACUCACAAGCAGGAACCCCAAGCCUUUUCAAGCAUCUUUUUUAUGAAAAGCAGGCUUAGGACGUUGCAGUUUGGGGCAGGAGACUGGGGCAGGGAUACUUCAUAGUUUUCAGCUGGGUUCUCUCUAAAUAUUCCUCCUACAGCUGCUUUCCCCCAAUGAAAUUUUAGAUCCACAGGGGUAGUUGGAUGGUAAGAGGAAUAUUCUGGGAAGAAGGAAGCAGCUGUUUCUACACUCAAAACUGCAGUUUAAGGCCUGGAAAGUGUCAACUUGGCCUCUGACACAGUUAAAGGAAUAGGUGAGUUGUCCUCUCCCUGGCAUAGCAGUCUUGAGGCUCAGCCUAGAUUUGACCUUUCCAUUUCCCUUUCCUCACCUCAUGUGGAUUCUGUCCUUUCUCCCUGCACAGCAACAUUCCCUCCGUUUGGGAUCUCGUGACAGAAGAGCAUCUGUAAAGCCACAAUGUGUGAUUUAAUUUUUUUUUCACUCUGCCCAUAUUUUUCUGCAAAUUGCAUGAGGCAUUGAUCUUCCAUGUUCAGUCUUGGGGUGGGCAGACAGAGAGGUGCUGGGUGCACACCACCUUGACUGUGCCUCCACCCUCAGGGCUAGAGCUCACCCCAUUCCCUGCUUCCUGAUGCACAGCUCCUCCAAACCCAGAUACCCUUCUGUUCUCCCCUCCGCAUCUCCAAACACUUCACUGGGCAGUGGGUGGCAGCCCCUUGCCUCUAAAUAGCACGUACACCUAUCUGAAAUCAGCCUGUAUAUACUGCGCAUUAACAUCGGGAGUCAUUUGAGUGUAACUCACAUGCCCUAAACUGCCAAGAGCUGAGGGAGACAUUUCUUCCUGCUUCCCAGCUUAGGUAGUUUCUGGGCCAGGAAGAUCUGGGUUCUGUCCCUGCGGUUGCUGUCCACUUGGCCACCGUGGCAACAGCUUUGUUACUAUUAUUUUUUUGUAGAGGGCACUUCUUUCCCCAACAACUUGUAAGCAGUUUGAAACAACAAGUGUUUGCUGU